AUUCCGGUAAGAAGUCUCAAAUCUACCCUAGCAGAAGCCACUCCUGCCAAGCAGCGGAGGAGAAACCUCCAGCCACUUUGCAGAACAGAGAAUGCUGCGGAGUCAAAAACAGUUGACUUUGGGCCUGAGCCAGCAAAGCACUCCUUACGGUUCUUGAGCAAGAAUUGCCUACUCAGGAUCACCAAAUGCAGGGUUACUAUUUCCUUGGAUUCUUGUUCUUCCUGAUAAAUGCAUCCAAUAUGGACCACCCCCUGGCCUGGUUCUGGCGCUUCCUGUGGCUGCUGCCGCUGCUGCAUUUGCCUCCGCGAGGAGCCCAGGCCUUCUUCCCCAACUUCUGGUCUCGCACCAUGGCUUUCACCUGGGACUCCGUCACCCACCAGGACAUGACCGAGGAGGCCAUCCUCAACGUCACCUUGCGCAUCUUUGUGGAGAUGCAGCCCCGCCAAGGGGAACGUAUCCGGGAGGAGGACUUCAAGGGCAGGACCCUCCUGGCUGAUGACAUCUUCGCUGCUUUCUAUGGUCCUGAGGUGUCAGCUAAGCGCUUCCGCGGGGCUAUCGCCCAGGUGGCCAACGCCAAUGCCGCCAUGGACUUCACAAACACCACGCGGGACGACCCUGUGCUCCACUUCGAUUCUGAGCUCAUCCACUCCACGAACAGCUGGCUGUUGCAAACCCGCAAAGAGAUCCUCCAAGCUGUGCGUUCAGAGCAGUAUGUCAUCGCCCGGGGCAAGCUGGGGCAGCUGCUCCAUACCUUACAGGAUUUCUACAGUCACAGCAACUGGAUUGAACUUGGCCAUCGGAAGAUACACCCACACCUCCUACAACCAGGCCAUGAAAUCAAGUCCAUCGCAGAAGCCGGCGUACGAACCUGCACGGACUGCUCUGACUGGACGUGUCGGGGAAACCUCUUGGAAGGUCUCCUUGAGAAGGGGCUUUUGACCACCGGUUUCUAUGGCGCCCAACCUGAAAAGCCCAUCGGAAAGUGCAGCCAUGGCGGGAGAUUUGACGACAGCCGCCACAGGGAGCCUCGGGGUGGUAUCAAUAAGGACAGCUCCUCGUUCUUGUUCUCGCCUCAUAAUUACCUGCACAGGGAAGCCGCUGCCGUAGCCCAGGAGGCCUCAGUACACUUCCUGGAGAAGCUCUGGCGGGAAAUAAAGAGCAAGCCGUUUAUGAGGCUACUGGAUAUCAGUCCAGCUACGGGCUUGAGCUUUGUUGUGGACACCACUGGAAGCAUGGGCGAGGAGAUCAGUGCAGCGAAGCGCCAAGCCUGGGAGAUCAUCAGGGCACGCCGAGGCACCCCCCAGGAGCCAGAUUUCUAUCUCUUAGUCCCUUUCAACGACCCUGAGUUUGGCCCUGUCCAUAAGACCAGCGACCCGGAUGAGUUCUGGAAAAUCCUCAACACCAUUAGCCCUCUGAAAGGUGGGGACGAGCCAGAAAUGUGCCUUUCUGCGCUUCAGCUUGCCCUCCAGAACUCACCGCGGUACUCCGAGAUCUUUGUCUUUACUGAUGCAUCCGCUAAAGAUGCACACCUGAAGAACAGCGUGGAAGCCCUCAUCCAGGAACAGAAAUGCAAGGUGACCUUCUUAAUAACAGAAGAUCCCUCCAGAACGCGGGUGAAAAGGGAAACACUUUCCCCAGACCGAUUCAACCUCUACAUCAGCCUAGCUCACAGCUCCGGCGGCCAGAUCAUAUUUACGGACAACGAGAACAUCCAGAGGGUGUCGGAAAUCAUCGGUGAAUCCAGCACAUCUUCGGUGACCCUCUUCCGCCACCAGAAAGGGAAUAUCUUCAGCCCUAAGGGGUCGCAGCGGAGGAGGAGAAAGGAAGCGGUGCAGCUGGAGGAUCACACCUUCUGGAUUGACAGCUUGGUGGACAAAGUGGUCUUGACCAUUCAGGGGGGCGUUCGGGCCUUUGAGAUGCAGAACCCUGCAGGUGUAAGACAGACUUCUUCAUCAGCCAGCGGUCCAUUGGCCAAGAUCCAGUCCAUUGGCAGCAUCUACAGAGCAGUCCUUUCCCCUCUCCAUCCUGGUAAAUGGACGCUGACACUUCAGUCGCAAGGCCACUACUCUGUGCACGUCCAAGGUCAGAGCACCUUUGACUUCCUGUAUUACUUUGCGGUUCCAAAGGACGGACGCCACCCUGGGCUUUUUAUGAUGGAUAGUUCCCCUGUGCAAGGCUUGCCCACUUACCUGGUCGUUAUGGCGACCGGUUUGAAGAGAUCCCCUGAAGCCGGUUUGGUUCAGCUGAAAGCUGAGAACCUGGAGGGGAGGGGAGGCAGCCUCGAGGAGCUGAAACUGGAAGGAGGAGCCAACCGGACGGACCUGCUGGUGGCCAAGCUGCCUCCCACCCUGACGACCGACAGCAGCUUCUCUGUAGUGCUGCGUGCUCUGGAUGGAGACAGCCGGAAGGUGGAGAGGGCUGCUCCUCAGGCGACCACAGUUGAGGCAUCCCUGCUGGAGCUGAGCACAGAUGCUCCGGUGUUCCCAGGGAGACCUGUUGACGUUGCCUGGAAGGUGACGAAUCCCGGCUCACCCAAGCAGUAUGAUCUGAGGGUAAGCAGCGUUCCUGGGUUCCCGGUCAACAUCUCCAGCUCCAGGCUACAAUUGGACUUUAACCAAACAGCAACUGGACUCCUUACCUUGAAUGUACCUGAUGCCGCUGAUCCUGGCUCUGUGAUCACCCUGACGUUGCAGGCCAGGCUCCUUCACCCACCUGGGGAUCCUAGCUUUGCCCAUCUACAGCUGCUUGUGAUGCCUCUGGUGCAGAACCCAGUCUCCUCCCCAGCCUGCAACGUCACUUCUGUCGGCGGGUCCUGUGGCCCACCGCGGAUCCCUUGCCACGACCAGCGUUGGACGGCCACCUUGCGGAUCUGGGACGAAGCUGGCGUCCGCUCGGUGCAUGUGGAAGGAGGCACCGUGGUCGCUCACCAUGCCGACGGGCUGGCAGAGUCCGUCACUUACACCUCAGACUGUUGCUCGCAGCAAGCCAGGCUGGUGGUCACCAACCUGCUUGGGCAGAAGUAUCGGUGCCAAGUUGCGUCGGCGCCCCCUGCUCUUACUGUGAAGCCAAGAGCGUCCCCUCCUGAGGUCCUCAGGAAGCCUGUGGCGGCAGCAGGGGCUGCUGCGUCCUGGGGGUGGGUAUUAAUGGUGUCCAUGGCAACCGGAUGGACGAUGUGUGUCACAUAGGGGAAACUCCUGGCUGUAGGAAGGACCUCUCUGACUGUAGAGGCUGCCCUCUGUAGGGAUAUUGUGGCCUUUUUCCUUCCCAAGGAAGAGAAUGAAUGAGCUUGGAAGAUGCCAAGCAGAUGGGCAGGUCCUGAAUUCUGGGCCUUCAAAGCACAAGCCAGGUCCUGACUACUGACGUGUGUGUUGCACUGUGAUUGAUAGGUGGUAAAACGCUCUGAGCCUCAGAUUCCACCCUCUUUACCUGAUCUGAGCUGCUCUUGAGCUUUGUGGCGGCGGAGUCUCUUUGAAGAGAAUAAUAGAAGGAGCUUCCGUAUAACUGAGCCAGAUAUUUGGGUCAUGUAGCCCAGAUUGAGCUGUCUGGUAGGCGUGCCUGCUGGCUUCUCAGCCUUAACCACCUGAGAUCCUUUUAAUGGGCAGUGGCAGGGUUGAAAUUGGGACUUGCGCAUGCAGAACCACCGACCAGAGGGGCAUGGCUGCUCCCUGGAGGGAGAUGUGUGGGGCCCAAACCCACAUCCUCGCUGCUAUAAGUUCCAUGCGCAGAAGGGCAUUACUAGCCAGACUGAACAGGCCAUCUUUUCCCCAUCUCACAUACUUUUUUCCUAUCUGUGCCCCAUUCCCCUUUUAAUCAUUUGUCUGUCUGGAGCCUCUACUUGUGUGUCACAGUUCUUACCCUUUCUGCUUCUGUGUAUAUUUUGACCUGACCACCAGAAGCGUGCAAGGCUAACUGCUUCAUUUUUGCCGGCUGGAAACAGGUCCCCAAGUCUCCUGUUACCCCUGAAAUGGGCCCCAGUCAGUUUAUCCUACAGUUGUCGUCCUCUUCAUUCCUUUGCCCCCAAAGUCCCCUCCAUUCUUUUCACACACCCGUUCUAAAUUCCUUUCUUACCGUGGCUGUAUAAAACUUUUCAGAGUCCGUGCUCAUUGCCUGGACACCCUCUGUACGCUGUUACCUUCUGAUCAGCGAUCGAUUUCCAUUCUCUUUUUGCGUACUCAAGAGAAUUCUCAGGACUGGCCCUACUGUUAGGCAGAGGGAGGCAGCUGCCUCAGGAAGCAGAUGCCGAGGGUGUUAAAGCAUUGGAGAAGAGAGCUGUGUGCAUGCCCCACACAGACUGCCCUGCACCCCCGAAAAGAAGCCUGCUCCUCUCAGGUGUGCAGUGGGAAAAUGCUUUCCCAUUGCCUGAGUUGAAACAAGGUUUGGUAGCCAGUCUAGCUAGGUUCUGUGCAUGAAAUCGGGGGCUGACAGCGGAAAAUCAACUUUGCUUCAGGCAGCAAAUGUCCUGGGCUGGCCCGGGAAAUCUUCCUUCGCUCUUCCUUCCUCCUGUUCUUAUGUGUGCCUUUCUUCCUACUUCUAUUUUCCUGCCUCUCUGCCACGUCAUCACUGGGUUAGUCUGUCGCAGGAAAAAAACAGCAGAGCGUCCUCUGACACCCUUUAAGAAGUCUAGCCGGGAUCUAGUAGCUGUUGAACUGAGACCUCCACACCACCUCCUUUUGUGUGAGUGGCCCAACUGGCUUUCUGGAGAACCCUUUUAUGGUUCCUCUUGUGAAAAGAGUUGGGAAUCAGCAAGCCUUGCCAAUCCAUUUCCAGUUGCCUCUUCCUAGAUUAACCUGUGCAGGGGAUUCUGGCUGGAACAGAAUUGGUCCCUUCCGCUGCUCAGGUGGGUCUGCCUUGCCUCCUCCUCCCAUCUUGGGCCCUGCCAAGGCCUCCCUCUCUCUCUGUAACCCCUGUUCCAUCAGGCUACUGCUAGUUAGCUGCAGCCAUUCAGUCUUAAUGUGACUGAGCUGGGAGAGGUGAUGAUCAAACUUUCCCCUGUGUUGUUUUCCUGGUCAAACUCAAUAUACCUAUCCCACUUUCCAUAUAGGAAGCAGCAUUGUGGGGUGGGGGGGGGAGAUGUCAGAUAUUUCAGUUGAGGAAAUAAAUAGUGGCUUUCCUGCUGAAAGCACUAGCUCUUCCGAGGCCACUGUGAAGUAAAGAAAAAUUGUUAGGAGAAUCAACCACAGGUCUUCCACCAAUUUGGCUUUAAGCGUGCAUUAAGAUCUGAGAUUCUUCUCUGCAUGAAGCGUUCCUCGUCUCCAGACUUCCUUUCAGUUAAACUUGAACUGUAUAUUUUUGCCUACUGGGUCUAAAUCGUCCUCUCUAUAUUUUUAUGCAAAUUAUUUUUUAAAGUUCUGGAUAUUUUAGUUUUCGCCGUAUGAGAUUCAUGUUGUUGUUGUUUUGUAUAUAGAUAGAUAUUUGUUUAAUGGAUAAAAAGAAGCAUUUGGAAAUUUUUCGACUUUUGUGUCAACUGAAAUGUAGAAUGGUGGUGUCUUGCUUUUUUCCUCUUGAACUAUUUCAAUAAUAAAAUGUGCAAUAGGUUUUGAGGAUCCCCGCCCCCCAGGGAGGUGUGGAAGUGAGAUUAGGGUGCAAAAUUAAAAUAAUCCAGUGCAUUCAAAUAUGUUUUAAUCACGCAUACAUUUCAGUUGUUUUCUAUACAAACGUUUGAAUAAAUAAA